AUCUCUAUCAUUGUCAUGUGGUUAAUCAAAAUUCUAUCCAAAUCUUUAUGAUACAAACCUAAAAGGUAAUCUCUAUUGCCAUUACCAAAUAAUUGCCUACAUAAUGCCAACAAAUAAAAAUAUUUCAGCCUGCAGGUAGAAAAUAUCCAGCUAAAUAUAAAUAUCCUAUAAAUCACAUAUGCUACACAUGGCCUGUCUGCAACGAACUUGAAACAUUGUAUCUACUAUUAACUUUGGUCCAGCCAAAGCUUGUUGUGCUAGUGAACUUGCAACAUUGUAUAAAAUAUUCUGGGCCCUCAGUUUCCUGCUCCAGUGAGCUCUAGGCUAUUUGUGCAAGGGAUAAGAAGCAGUGCUUGACUUUGACAGGAGCUCACAGGAGCUGAGUACCGGCACCUCAAAGUGAAAACAGAUGACCAGGAGGACGAAGACGCCAUCGUCAACAGAAUAUCACUGUACCUGUGCACCUUCACCCUGGCCAUGUCGGGUGGGGCUGUUCUCCUCCUGCCUUUCUCUAUCAUUAGCAAUGAGAUCCUGCUCUCCUUCCCCAAAAACUACUACAUUCAGUGGCUCAAUGGCUCCCUCAUCCAUGGCCUGUGGAAUCUGGUAUCGCUCUUCUCCAAUCUCUGCCUCUUCGUCCUGAUGCCGUUUGCCUAUUUCUUCCUGGAGUCCGAGGGAUUUGCUGGAUCAAAAAAGGGCAUUAAGUCACGGGUUCUAGAGACCUUUGUGAUGCUCUUCCUCCUCGGACUGCUCAUCCUAGGAAUAGUCUGGGUGGCGUCCGCGCUCAUCGACAAUGACGCAGCCAGUAUGGAGUCACUCUAUGAUCUCUGGGAGUUCUACUUACCAUACCUCUACUCCUGUAUAUCACUGAUGGGGGGACUGCUCCUCCUGAUGUGUACUCCUGUGGGCCUGUCCAGAAUGUUCACAGUCAUGGGCCAGUUACUAGUCAAACCAACCAUCCUGGAGGACCUGGAUGAGCAGAUAUACUGCGUUACUUUGCAAGAGGAAGCCCUUCAGAGGAGAUUGAAUGGGUCGACAUCUCACUCUCAUUCCCAAGGAAGUGCUCAUCGACUCAACAAAGAAUUGGACAUCGUCCGAGAUCAGAGGAAUAAACUGGAGAGGAGGAAGAAAGCCUCUGCAUGGGAAAAGAACCUGCUCUACCCCAUUGUGAUGUUAAUACUGCUCACAGGGACGACCAUCUCAGUCCUGCUGGUGGCGCUGAAUAUCCUCUAUCUGCUGGUGGAUGAGACUGCCAUGCCAAAGGGAUCAGAGGAUCGGGGGCUUGGGAACACCUCGCUGUCCACGUUCGGACUGGUCCAGGCUGUCGUCGACAUCAUCCUCAUGUUCUACUUGAUGGUGUCCUCAGUUGUCGGCUUCUACAGCUUGCGAGUGUUUGAAGGCCUCACUCCCAGGAAAGACGACACGACCAUGACAACGAUCAUUGGUUGCUGUGUGUCCAUCCUGGUGCUGAGUUCAGCCCUGCCAGUCAUGUCCAGAACACUUGGUAUCACCAGGUUUGAUCUUCUCGGAGACUUCGGGAGAUUCAAUUGGCUGGGAAACUUCUAUAUCGUCCUAUCGUACAACUUGCUGUUUGCCGUGGUAACUACUCUCUGCCUAGUCCGGAAGUUUACCUCAGCGGUCCGAGAGGAACUCUUGAAAGCAUUAGGUCUGGAUAAAUUACAACUGUCAAACAGCCCCACAGACCCGGAGUCUGGGAAGCUCUCGGCCAACGGGCAUCAGAAGACUCUGUAAAAGAGACAACCGACACGCACACACACACACACACACACACACACACACACACACACACACACACACACACACACACACACACAAUACGGCAGCCAAAGGGAGAUUUUGAUAGUACUGAACUCCACAGCAGAAGGUGAUUGAGUCUGUGGAAGCGACUUAGUAUACUCCCACAGUGUCUGACGGGCUUUGCGAACUGAGAAGAAACUGCAAUUUAGCUUCGUGACAUUCCAUCCUCUUCCUCGUGGAUGGAUGGAUGGAUGGAUGCAGGACAGGGACUGGUUUGAGCCCUCUGACAGACUGCCGUCUUCACAACAGUGACCUUGAUGUUGACCUCAACAGUGACUGUAACCAUGGGCCACAGCCGAUGUCUGGGGGACUUUAUUUUCCCUCAGCACCAACUUUCUUCUCUCUCUUUGUCUAUUCUUAUCUCAUUCUACCCUCUAACUGUUUUUGUGGAGCGCUCCCGUCCUGUAGGUUUUCACUCCAACCCUAAUCUAUCACACUUGAUUUUAAUAAUUAGCUGGUUGAUAAGCUGAAUCAGGUUAGUUACAACUGGGGUUGGAGCGAAAGGGUAGCUCUCCAGGAACAGGGUUGGAGAGCUCUGCUCUAACCAAUCUCAUUCUAACCUCUUGUGUUUCGUGCUUGCCUAAUUCACUUCUUAUCUGUUAUUUUCUCCCCCAUAGCCUAACCAUUGCGCUAUGCCGUAUUGUCUUGGAAGACGCAAUGUAACCUUUCCAGGCUGAGGAGAUGCUCGCUGAUAGACUAGUGGCCAUUUUUACACUUACGUCUACUAUUUGUUUCCACCCUUUUCUAUUUCCACCCUGUUCUAUUUCCACCACAGUUUAAAAUGCAUGUUAGUUAUAAAAUGCAGUUCAAAGUUAUUUGGGGAGAGAAAAAAAAUGCCGCCUCACCAAAGUUUAAUGAGAAGACAAUUCCAUUUCAGAAUUAGAAAGUAAAUGUGAUGUGGAUCAGUGGCCAUGGGGACAUUCACAAUAGAUUACCUGUAUUAUAUGUGAAUACUGGUUGGUCUCCAACAGUCAUCUAAUUCAGUAUGUCAUAUAAUGUAUAUUUAUAUGUGUGAAGUAUGGAUGACUACUGGUUAAAUAAGUGGACAUUUUUAUUUGUUUAUGUCAGAAGAUAAUAUGCAAAAAAUUUGAAAAGAUGAUGCCAUUUUAUGAUAGACUUGCUUUGAAAGCACCUUGCAUGAAAAAUAAAUCGUACUUAUUACUCAUAGCCAUUUUACACGUCAUACCCAGUUGCUUUGCUUGUCCUCACAAGUGCCUGUGUAUUACCACUUCUUGCCGGUAUAUUUAGUACCCGUUUACCACAGUGACCACACCGGAGGUCAGUCAGUGUCUCCUCCGUUGACACAGAAAGAAUGGGGAGGCACUGUGGAGGCGUGACUAGCCAAGCCUUCAUCUUUCUGGUUGUCGCACGCCAGUUGUGAAGGUGUAACAAUGUGCUCUUUUUUUAUUUCCCGUGUAGUCUGUAGGCCUACUGUGCUUUAAUUUCAUAAAAGAUGGAGUUAAUUAUUUUGUCUUGAUUUAAUGAAUGUUGUUUUCGGUGCUGUCGAUUUCGAUCACUCUAGAGAUGGGAAAACUGAUGCUUUUUUUUGUCCCAAAGAGCUUUCAGAGUUUGAUCCUGUGGGUGGAUGUUCUAAAAAUGUUGUGCGUUGGUAAACUUGAUCUCGAUCUCCCCAAAUAACUAUUAAGCUAUUUUAAAGGGUAUCUUAUUUCACCUGGCAUUAAGCUUUGUUCAACUUCUUCCUAUUAUAAAUGUUGUAUUUGUACAUACCAUUUAUGUUUCAUACCUCUUUUGCAUUAUUUGGAUGUAAAUAGUGGGCUGCCGUUAAGCCUCAAGUGUUUGUUGUAAAUAAGUCUACAGAAGCUCUUUUUGGACUGUGAUGCUACUUGUCACUAGAAGCACCUUUUAUGCCUUAGCUAGAGGAGGAAUUCACCAGUCUUUAUAGGAGGCUCCAAUUUGUGUGUGUGUGUUUGCUCACGUGCGCACACGUGUAGGUAUGUUUGUUCAAAAAAAGACAACUUUACUGUGAACACCUUGUCUCUGGAUUUCAAUUGCAAACCAGUUUGAACUUCUUCAUUGUCCUUUGCGAUGAAUGUAGUAUAUAAUCUCCUCUUAACUCAAAUAGCAUUGUGGGCUUCCAAAAAUACGAAUUACAAGAUAUAACCUGAGCACUUGUGAAAAUGGAAGGUGAUGGGCCCCAAUAAUGUGUCAUAGACUGUUUUUAUGAUGUGUUGAUGUAUUUUCAUUGUGACUUGUCAUGAUGCAAAUGGUAGGAGGUACGAUUAACGUUUUUUAUUAAAAAUGCAUUUGAGACUUCUUGUUUUAUACAGGGACUGUGUUUUAUUUUUUAUUUUUUAAGGAAUGCAUUAUACAGUAAUAGUUUGGAUGAAAUUUAAAAGUAAUUUGAAAGGAAAGCAGUAGCUAUUGUCUGUCACAAGGCUCACCUUAGAUUCUGGAGUUCGCAGUGCCAAGCCUUGUACUGUGUUCUGUCUGUGUUCCCUCAUUAAAAUGCAAGAUUAUGAGCGAUCCAAUUUCACAUCUCAGGUUGGUUUGGUAAUGCUGAUGAUAAAUGAUACUGUGAAAAUCCAGAAUUUAAAAAAAUCACUAACCAAAACCCAUUACUGCUGUGGCUAAUAACGUCUGUUUGGUGUUUCCUUGAUGACUGUGACCCCCUCUGUGUUCCUCUUAUCAGUUUUAUUCUUAACAAAAAAAUCAGUAUUAUUGCUAUUUCAGACAAUGUUUAUGCUGCAUGUAUUAUUGGUUGAAGAAGUACACCAGUGAUUACAAUCUGACUUUUCCACUUAGUUUCUGUGGAGGACACAGUUGGGGUCUGUUCCAACCUAAGGGAACACUUUUGUAGUUUAUUUUCACUCGCAGAGGGUUUGAAAUGUUGAGGGGUGGCCUGUGCUAUCAGUUGAGUAGCUGGUAGUUUUGUCUGUUUGUUUGAUUUUCUGUGUCUGCAUGUAAUUUCCUGCCCAUUUUUGUGAAUGUAUAUUUUUUUGACCUUGUUCUUUUCUGAGUUGCUAUAUGUGUGUUUUGUUGUUUUACGAUGUUGGUUUGUUUGCAAAUUAAACAAUGAAAAUCA